AUGGCGAGGAUGUACACUUGGAAAAAAUUUCCCAUGUUGUUGGGUUUGACCACUCUACUGUUUAUUGUGUGGAUCGGAAUUUUAUCGAUUCAUAAAGGCAAAUAUGAGGACAACAGGUUGGACAAGUUACUAAUGGGUUGCUACCCCAGAAGCCUUGCUUCUUCGUCUUCGUACAAUUAUGGUGAACCCCCCGAACAAGUACAUGCAAGUUACUACGAAAAUAAUAAUCAUCUUUUUUAUACACAGAAAUAUAACGAUUUUUAUUCCACGUUGAGUGAUAUAGACUUAGGUGACAGAGUAUUAACGGGGCAAGAAAUAAAUAGCUUAAUGGAAUCCCUUGGUUUAAUUUUAAGUAAAAAAAAGGCAAAGUUGGUGUUUUUUCAUUACAAUAAUUAUAUGAAGAAAUUGUUUAAUGAUAUGAUGGACAGACUGUGGGUAGAAUUUGCCACAGCAGCAAUGCGAAAAGGAAUCCCACAAGAGUUUCAAUUAUUUGUUUGGAAAAAAUGUGAUGAUGAAAUACUGGAUUAUUUUAUAGAAAGGGACGAACUUUUUCUAGAUAAAUUUCAAGCAUUUUUCCCUAAAGGAAAUGUAAAAAUAACCGCAAAAUUUUUUACAUUUUUGGGUAAUUACAACAAGUCGUGGAUAGAGGAUUUAAAACGUUAUGAAUUGAAGUGGUCAAAAAUUCUAAUGGACGGUGUAAAUAAGUACUCUCCAAGGUGGUAA